AUGGCGUUCUUGUACCGCCUCUCCAGCGCAGCCAACUGGAUCGAUGAGUGCGCGGACGAUAAUUACCCGUGGCCUGCGACCACCAUGGUCGCGAAGACUCCCAGCUGGCCGUUCGGAGAUGUUCGCUCGGCCCGUUCAGACUUGAUCGGUCAGCCCUGGUGCUAUCGCAGAUCAAUGGCUCCCAAGGUGAACCAGUGCUGGGAAUGCUGGCACAACCCCGCGCAUUCUUUCGCGCACGCGGCUUGCGCACACGUGGCCAAGGCGGGUGCUGCUCCUGGAUCGAGCGGCGACGCGAGUGCGCCGAGUGGCGCGGCUGCGCCCGCGGGCGCCGCGCCCGCCGUGCAGCCCCCGAUAGUCGGCUGCCACGGUGCGCUCUCGGAAGGUGACCAUCGGGAGCAGGUGGCGAUCUUCCGCAGCCUCGCCAAGACCCACCACGGCGCGCACGAGGACCUGGUCACUCCGCCGCGGAAGACCAGGAGGACGGGUCUGGCCUGCGGCGGGCCGCUCUCCCCCGUGGACAUCCAGGAGCAGCAGGCGAUUUUCGCAUCCAUUGUGGCGCAGGCGCACGGCGAGACCAUCGAGGUGGCCGACGACAGCGUCGACUUGGAAGCCGAAUUGGAGACGCUCCUCGAUGGCGUCGAGGCGGAACGCGUUGGCGGCGCGAGCGAGCUUCCAGGUGACCUUACGGACUGGUCCAGCGGCAGCUGGCCUGGCGAGCGACGCGAGAACGCACAGGCGAAAUGUGCGCAGCGACGCAUAUUGCUUAUGACGACCAAAGCGAGCUGA